AUGGCUCCUCGAUAUGUCAGGUUUUUCUGCAAGUUUUUCUUCUUGUUAAAUUUUAAAGUUAUUCUCGGUGUAGAUCUACCGCAGUUAUCUGCGAUUUUGUCCCAGGAAGCUGUCAGUACCAGGGAUGAGACUGGGUCUCUUGUUUUGACCGCUGGGACAAACCAACGAAUUGUGCUAGUCGGGAGCAACUUUGCCAACACAAGCAGAAUAGCUUUCACGACCGAUGUUCGUUCGCAGAGGGAAACAUGUGAUGGACAGAGAUCACAGACUUUUGCAAUACUUUCUAUUGCACAAAAUGGGACGUUGGCAACUGUUAUAGUUAAUUUACCUCUUCCAGAAAAUGGAAAAACGUACUAUCACGUAUGCUAUUCUGUGGAAGGAGUAGAGAAAUGGGAACAUGGAGGAAAGGAAACGUUGACUCGUUUUGCUGUCAAGGAUAAGGAGACCACACUUCUCCCUCUGUGGCUACAAAUUAUUUUUAUUUGUUUCUUGUUAACACUUUCAGGUUUAUUCAGUGGAUUAAAUUUAGGUUUAAUGGCAUUAGAUAAAACUGAACUGAAGCUUAUUGCAAAAUGUGGAUCAAGUUCAGAGAAAAAGUAUGCAAAAGCUAUUGAACCUGUGCGUAAGAGGGGAAAUUUCCUUCUUUGUACACUUUUAUUGGGAAACGUGCUUGUCAACAACUCUCUUACUAUAUUGUUAGAUGACCUCUCUAAUGGUUUGUAUGCUGUUAUUGGUGCAACCUUGGGCAUUGUAAUAUGUGGUGAAAUUAUACCUCAAGCCAUAUGUUCUAGACAUGGACUAGCUGUAGGAGCUCGGACCAUUUGGAUUACAAGGCUUUUUAUGUUGCUGACCUUUCCUCUUUCUUUUCCAAUAAGUUUGUUAUUAGACAAAAUCCUUGGGGAGGAAAUUGGAAAUGUGUAUGAUAGAGCAAAGCUAUCAGAGCUGGUGAAAGUGACAAAAGAGUUCAAUGAUCUUAAGAAUGAUGAAGUUAAUAUCAUAUCAGGGGCAUUAGACUUGUCAAAAAAGUCUGUCACCGAAGUUAUGACAAAGAUUGAAGAUGUUUUCAUGCUUGACAUCAAUAGCAUAUUAGACUUUGAAACUGUGUCAGAAAUAAUGAAACGUGGAUAUACACGUAUUCCUAUUUAUGAGGGUGAGCAAGGAAAUAUAGUAGCCCUUCUUAACAUCAAAGAUUUGGCAUUGAUUGAUCCUGAUGAUAAAACACCAAUACGAACUGUGAUCAAAUUUUAUCAGCAUCCACUCAUUUUUGUGUUUGAUGAUCAGAAACUUGACACCAUGCUGCACGAAUUCCGUCAAGGUCACUCCCAUAUGGCAAUAGUAAGGAGGGUUAAUAAUGAAGGAGACGGGGAUCCUUACUACGAAACCCUGGGUGUUUUAACUUUGGAGGAUGUCAUCGAGGAAAUCAUCCAAUCAGAGAUCAUAGAUGAAACAGAUAUCAUAAUUGACAACAGGAAGAAGACCAGAAGGACUUUGGCGAAGCAAGACUUCAGUGUGUUCAACACAUCGGAGACCAACUCUAUACUUAUUUCUCCUCAGCUGGCCUUGGCUGCAUUCAGAUUCUUGUCAACUUCUGUUGAACUGUUCAAAGAAGAAUUUGUGUCAGAGAAUGUGUUGAAGAAACUGAUUCGUCAAAAUGUUGUUGAAGAGAUUGUCAAGAAAGAGAACUCUGAUCAAUACCUGUUCAGGGAGAAUGUGCCCUGUGAUUACUUUAUACUGCUUCUGCAAGGUAAUGUAGAGGUGACUGUCGGUAAAGAAGGACUGCGGUUUGUCACUGGAGCAUUCUCUUAUUAUGGCAGUCAAGCAUUGAAGAUCACUGACAACUCUCUGAUUUACCCAAGCAGUACUGAGAGCCUGUAUAGUAAGGUAGAGCCCUACAUACCAGAUUUCUCAGUCAGGGUGGAGUCAAACCUACUAUUUGUCAGAGUAAGGCGUGCUCAGUAUAUUGCAGCUAGACGGGCAACCAUGAUGGGCAAAGCCAAUGUCAAGAGUGAGGAUGAAGCCUUUGCCAAAGAGUGGCACAAGGCAAAAAUCUUGUCCAACCUGUCUAAUAAUGACAACCACCAUCUUAACAACAGUCGUAAUCCGGAUAAAAUGAGGAGGGCUUCUAGUUUAUCUGUUCCAUUCACCAAUCAGAUACAAACCAGAACUGAGUCUGGUGAAUGGAGAGUCCACAAUUCAACAGAUGGAGGAAUUAUCAUCCACAACGUGUCAGGUGACCCGGAUAAGAUUGAAACUAGGGAAAGGUCUGCUACAGAACCUAAUGAGAAUGAUUUAGCCCUUCAGUGUCUGGAGCCCAAAGUAAGUUCUGGAGACAGCGGUGAUAGUUUGGGAUGGGAGGAUGCAAAAUCUGACAAUGAAGGCCACCCAGAACAACAUGAACAAACCCCCUUAAUAACAAGCACCUGUAAAGUCAGUGAUAGAGAUCAAGAGUCUUCAUGACACAAAUUUCGUAAACCAUUGACAACAGAGUAAUACCGAGGUUCUGCUGCUAUUUUUCUUUCUUGUUUUUAAAAUUUUCUAAUUCCGAAAAAAAACAUGCAUAUAUGAAAACAUUUAGACAUUGUUUUGUUAUUUCUAGUAUUGAUGAAUAUCGUUAUGUUUUAAUGACGCUUUUCAAUACUUACUGUUUGACUGAUCAAUGUUUUGAAGUAGAGAUAUUUAACAUAUUUAGCCAAUAGGCCUGGCAUGUCAGUUUUCUGUAUAAAAGCAUAUCAUGCAUUUGUUAUCAAGGAUGUGCACUAACAAUAUCUUUUUGUGAAAUAAAAUGUCAAGGAAUGUUACUCAUUUUGUACUCAUAAUUUAUAACAAGGAAAUACAUUUUAGGUGGCUUGCAUUGUGUAGAACUUGUUUGUUUGCAUUUUCUGAUUAAAAACAGGCAAUGCAUGAUAGUACUCUAUUAUCUUGUUAUUUGUUUAUUAUUGCAUUAUAAGUAAGGUCACAAUGCUUUGGGAUUUUUGUGUGUGUUUCACCAUUGUAGCUAGGUCACAAAAGUUUAAAGGUUUCUGAAAUGUCCUUUGACAACCUUAAUCAUUAUCAAUGUAGUAUUAUUUUCUAAUCAAACUUAUUGAUAAUUGUUUGAAAACUUUGAAAUUUAGAAGAGAAGGAAUUUUUUUUUA